CUUUCCCCCUUGAACUCUUGUCAUAUCAAAAUGCAGACCACUAUCUCUCGCGCUUCGCAGGCGCUGCAGGCGCCCUCGGCCAGGCGCUCGGCCGCGCGCGCCCCUGCAUUCGGCACCACCACCUCUCGCCGGACCUCCGUUCAGGUGUUCGCCAAGGGCAAGGGCAAGGGCAAGUCCGCUCUCCGCCAGGGCUCUAUGCCCAACCAGAUGGAGAUGGUUCGCCGUGAGGCCCCUACCCCCGACGUGGACCCCGAGAACGCCGAGUUCGUCAUCUUCUUCCGCUGCCUGAAGUACAAGGACCCCCAGCUGAAUGCCAUGGUGGGGCCCUCUCUGUGGGUUCCCCUCAGCAUCGUUAAGGGUAACCAGGUGUCCAACUUCCUGGCCAACGCCAUCAAGUCGCCCUGGGGUAUGCGCCUGUACGGCCGCACCCUGAUCUGGCAGAUGGCGUCGGGCCUGUACCAGGACAAGGCCAAGCUGGAGAAGGAGCUGCGUAAGAACUUCCCUCCCUUCGCCAACUCGGCGUCCAGCGACUUCCAGUACGCCUUCAAGAUCCGGGACAAGGCCAACCCCAAGGACUGGACCGCUGCCGAGAACCUGACCUUCUUCCCCUCGCCCGAGGACCUGGGCGAGACCGGCCUGGACCAGCUGAAGAAGUUCUUCUCCAGCGAGAACCUGGCGGGCAUGUUCAAGGCGCCGCAGUAAAUGCAAAUGCAGCGGCAUGAUUGGGACUAAGCUCGCCGGCUAGCUAGCAGCGGGCUGGCCGGCGGCUUGCGGUCAGUCUGAACAGCAAGGGAGCUGCGCGGGCGACGGCAGCCGCAGGCGCUGGCGGGAUAAGGCGGGAGCAGUAGCUCACCGGGCGGCGGAGGCAGCAGCCAGGCGGGAGCUUGCUACCAUGCUAGCAGCAGUCUGCGGCAGCGAGCUGUUGCCGUGGCGUGGCAAUGCGUUGGCGAGGAGCGGAUCUUGAAAGGGGACCGGGGCAGCGCGCGGGCUUGCGGAGCGGGGGCUUUGCGCUCGGCUCGCGGCCAAGGCGAAGGCGGCAUGGGCGCAGGUCAGGGUGCAUGCGCACUGUGGGGCGCCGGGAUGGCGCUACGCACAGGGGCGGCGAGCUUGAUGCUUGUCGGCACCGUGCGUAAAUGUCCUGCUGCCGGGCUCAGGGGCGCGCAUGCGCAGCGCGGCGCGGAGGCGUUGGUCGCCGCGUCCGGUGAAGGAACGGCUAGAGCCAGAUGAGGUGGAUGAAAGCAUACAACUUAGGUAGGGGUGAGAGCUCACUGUGGUAGCAAGUAGGGCGCGGGAGCACCAUACGGCGUCCUCCGUCGGCGUGCACGCUGUGGGUGCGCAAUGGAGAUGACAACAUGGACUUGAUGAACUUGAUGGCAAUGAAGGCGCCGUUGAUACCCGAAGGGCAGGGCGCGUGCUGCAUGUGGAGAGGCCAUCUGCGCCUAUGGAGGGGCGCUUAGGACGGCGGCCAUCGCAAUUUUGUUGUUUGGUGUCUGGACCUCAGUUUUUGUUUACGUUGGGUCCGGCACGCGAGGCGCCGUGCCGCAGUGGAUGGACGGGGCAAAUCACCGCAUCUCCGGAGAGGAUGGGGUGGCUUUGUGUGGCACCGGGGGUGCUGCGCUCUCGUGCUUGGCGCUUGGAAAGGAUGUAAAGGUGGUGCAGCUAUACCCCUGCCAUAAUUCGCGCUGUCAAUUGGCACAGAAUGCAUGUGUUUCGCAAGCCGUAUGCAACGUCGCAAACAUGGACGACAUAUCGAGCAGAGGAUACAUAUGUUUGGCAAAGUGUCCAUCAGGAUUUACACAGCGCUUGUGUGCUGUCUGUGGCACGCAACCAUCACCGUUGCUUUAUCACCAAUGUGCACGUGUGAGCAUAUCGACAGAGCGCAGAUGGUCGUCUUGGGCUCGAGUGCAUUCGUCAGCAACCCCAACCGACCCACAUCACGUGCGCAACAGCUAAUCCAACAUCCCCAU